UGUCUCACCUUCACACUAUCGAUUAACCAUUCCGCAGACACGCAAGCCCUAGCUUGCCACCGUUCAUAUUCCACUCACACCGUCCGUCGACGCUAACCCGCCUUCCAACCACCGCUAUCGUCAUCUACACUUCACUUCCUCAGCCUCUUCUUCCCAAAGGGAGAUUUUGGAGUGAUGAGGAUCAGGAAGAAGCAAAAGGAUGUUGCAGAGGUUGAGGUUGUUGAUGCUGGUCAAGCUUUGGAGUCUGUGAUCCACGAGCACGCUGAUUUUUUCGACAAAUUGAUUGAGCUUAUUCCGGCUAAGUUUUAUCUACCAACUGAUGGUGAUGAGAAGCCGUGGUUUCAGGGUCUUAACAAGAAGAAGAAAGCUCAGGCAAAGAAAAAAACUAAAGAGAAUAUUAAGAAGUCUCGGAGGCAACGUUUAGACCCUGAUAAGCCUUCUGCGAGCACGCUUGAUCUUCUCAAGCAAAGUUUGGGUAAAGAGAAGGUGAAAGAAAGUAAUGACGAUAAGGAUGUGGGUAAGCCUAUUGUGUCGGGGCUGGAAGGAGAUGAUCGGUCUGUGACCUAUGAAGAGCUUCGCCAGAGGCUUCAUUGUAAGCUUGAAGGGUUUCAGUCGAGUCGUACCUGUGCUGAUCCGGAAAAGGUUGCCAAGAAGAGGAAAGAGAGAGAUGCUAAGAGAGGGUAUCACUAUGACGGGAAGAAACAGAAGAGGGAUGAUGAGAUUAAGGAAAGUAAGCCUGUGGUUGAUGAGACGGAAGAGAAGGUGAAGAAGGAUGCUGCAGAGGCUUCAAAGGAGCUUGUGUUUGGCAAGGUUAAACUUCAGAAUGACGAAGGGCUGGAGACGAAGAAGAGAAGAGUUUCAAAGCACAAGGAACUUGAAAGGGCUAAGAAGUUGGAGGAAGUGAAGAAGAAUGAUCCUGAGAAGGGUGAAGCGAUUGCUAAAAAGGAAGCAUGGAAAGCAGCAAUGAAUAGAGCUUCAGGAAUUAAGGUCCACGAUGAUCCCAAGCUGAUAAAAAAGAGCAUACAGAAAGGGAAGAAGAGGCACGAGAAAAAUGCAGGGAAAUGGGAAGAGAGAGUUCAAUCACAAGAUCAGUUGAAGGCAGAGAAACAACAGAAAAGGUCGGCUAAUAUAGCUGAGAGGAUUAAUGAUAAGAAAAAGAGGAAGAUUGCUAAAAGAGAGAAAAAGCUAUUGCGGCCCGGCUUUGAAGGUCGCAGGGAAGGUUUUAUUAAUGGUGCUUCUGGCUAACACUGCUGCGAAAAUUAUUGAUUUGUGCCUCUUCUUUGCAUUGUUAUCAGAGGCAAACCAAACAUCUAUCAAGCUCAAUGCGAUGCAUUGUUAUCCUAGGCAACCAAACAUCCAUGAGGGGUUUAGAAGAUUUCUUUAAAUUGAACAAUUGUUGUUUACUGCUAUUAACCCCAUGGUAUAUUUUGGCAUUUAUGCAUCCUUUUUUUGACUAUUUCGGUUAUCACUAGAAUACAAGAGUUUUGUUGUUGAAUGAUAGUUAAUCACAUGUUUGAUUACAGAUUUAUAUGUUCACUGGAUUAGGUUAUUUGGAUUGUUUUUUAUGAGAUAUGGUUCAUUUUUCUCCCAAGCAAAGGUUACAUUUAUUUUAGUAAGAA